UAAUUAUCAAGCGAUCGAGCCAGUUCACGCCGUCUUGGCAGCCUUUGAGGGUCAGAUGGACUUCAGUGCGUUUCGCGAAGAAAACAGAAAAAAAAGCCCAGGAAAAUACUGAGAAAUGCAAAAAUAAUGAAUUAAAUGCGCUCAGGGGAACAGAAAACCUUGAAAUCUGGCUGCAAUAAGACCAUUAGUGGAAAACAGAAAACCGCUCACCGUGUGCGCGCUCCCGCGCGUGUGUGUGUGCGUUACAUUAGGUGGACACGGAGACUGCAUCAGACUGGAGACACGCUGGGACAUAAUACCACAGAAAUAUUGAAGCUUUGAUGAUCGCCUCGCCUCCGUGAACAUACAAACGCCAGGAUACAGAUUGCAGUCGAGACAUGCAGUCCCAUGUAUAUCAGAACAGCCGAGAUCAUUUGUAGCCUCCAGCUUUCAUUUUUAGCAGCAUCAUCUCACCAUAUCGACAUAAUGUGGCUCGCUGUACCGGAGGGGAAAUAACCAAAUAUGUGGAUACCUACAGAAGAGGAGAAAAUCGGAGUUGUGAUCUGCAACUUCCGAUCCUCAAUAUGUCAGGCGCUUGUCCUGGAGAUUGGAGAAACUGUACAGAUUCUGGAGAAAAGUGAAGGUUGGUACAGAGGCUUUUCCACCAAGAAACCUUCUAUCAAGGGUAUUUUCCCUGUCAGCUAUGUCCAUUUGAAGAAAUCUACAGUGACAAACAGAGGGCUGUGCGAGACAGUGGUGCCUCUGGAGGACCCUAUCAUCACAGAGACCACCUCCACACUGCAGGAAUGGGGCGUCCUGUGGAAGCAGCUCUAUGUGAAACAUAAGGUGGAUCUGUUCCAUAAGUUGCGUCAUGUGAUGAACGAGCUCAUCGACCUGCGUAGACAGCUGAUCCAGGGCCACCUCGCUCAGGACCAGACUCGUGAGAUCAAACGGCACAUCACCGUCCGACUCGACUGGGGCAAUGAACACCUUGGCCUGGACCUUGUCCCCAGAAAAGAAUUUGAAAUGGUGGAUCCGGAUCAGAUCAGUUUGUCAGAGCUGUACAAACUGCAUGUAUCCAGCAGGCACUGUGGUCAGCAAAGCACAAACCAGGGUGAUAGCGCGAGACAGCGCCACGGUGAUGGCUGCCGUGUCCCCGUUUCACAUCACCUAUUCAUCAAUCUGAAGAGCUUUACUUACAACAGCAUCAGCGAAGAUGCAGACGUCUUCUUUUCUCUAUAUGACACCCGAGAAGCUAAACAGAUCAGUGAGAAGUUCCUGGUGAAACUGAACAAAAAUGGAGGACCAAAGAAUCAAGAGAAGGCUGAUCGUCUGUGUGCUCUCUUUACGGACCUAAGCAGUAAAGACUUGAAGAGAGACCUGUACAUUGUUGUACACGUAAUAAGAACAGGUCGCAUGCUUCUAAAUGACUCAAAGAAAGGCCUGCCUCACGUUCAAUAUAGACGGCCUUAUGGCUGUGCUGUACUUGCCAUGAGUGAUGUUUUCCACACCAUCACAGACCUCAAAGAGGAGAAGGACUUUGUGCUCAAAGUUUACACAUGCAACAAUGAGAAUGAGUGGUACCAGAUUCACGAGAACAUCAUCCGCAAGUCCAACACCAAGUACUCAGCCCCCAGCACCAACUAUGGCCUCAUCAUCUCCUUGCAGCUGCUGCGAGGAGAGCUGGAGCAGAUCAGACGGGAGAACCAGGCUGUAUUCAACAGGGCCUUGGCACUCACACGCAAGCUGGGUUUCCCAGAUGUCAUCCUGCCAGGGAUGAGCUUGUACUGUAGGUCAGGUGCAGAGGUCUUCAAAAAUGACUCAAAGACAGAGAAGGGGAGAGGUGACACACGCAAUGACCUGUACCUGACCCUGGAGCGGGGGGAGUUUGAGAGGGGUGGCAAGAGCGUCCAGAAGAACAUUGAAGUCACGCUCUAUGUGCUCUACGCUGACGGGGACACUCUCAAAGACUGCAUCAGUUUGGGAACUGGGGAGCCAAACACCUCUGACUAUCGCUCAUUCGUCCUGUAUCACAACAACAGCCCCCGCUGGAGUGAGAUGGUCAAGCUGCCCAUUCCCAUAGACCGCUUCAGAGGGUCCCAUCUACGCUUCGAGUUCAGACACUGCUCCACUAAAGACAAAGGGGAGAAGAAACUGUUUGGUUUUGCCUUCACUCCUCUGAUGAGAGAAGAUGGGACUACACUCUCUGAUGAGAUCCAUGAGUUGUAUGUGUAUAAGUGUGACGAAAACGCCACCUUCAGUAACCAGGGUCUGUACCUUAGCCUGCCCUGCUGCAAAGAGGACUUCAACAGCUGCCCCAACCUGCCAGCCAAUCUGCCCUUCCAGAGAAGCCCCAAGGAAACGUUCUGGGUCUCCACGAUACUCUGCUCCACCAAACUCACACAAAAUGUGGAUCUCUUGGCCCUCCUGAACUGGAAGGCCCACCCGGACAGGGUGUUGGACAUCCUCGGCCGACUUCGGCAGAUCAAUGGAGAGGAAAUUGUGAAGUUCUUACGAGAUGUCCUAGAUACGCUCUUCUGUCUUUUAGAUGACAACACUGAUAAGUAUGGGCCGCUGGUUUUCCAGUCUUUGGUGUUCAUCAUUAACUUGCUCAGGGAUAGCCGUUACUACCACUUCAGACCUGUCAUGGACUCCUACAUCCAAAAUCACUUUGCUGGCGCACUGGCAUACAAAGAGUUGAUCCGAUGUUUGAAAUGGUACAUGGACCGCUCGGCCGAAGUCGUCCGACAGGAUCACAUACAGGAAGCCAUGAGGGCACUGGAGUAUCUGUUCAAGUUCAUCGUCCAGUCUCGCAUCUUGUACUCGAGAGCCACCUGUGGGAGGGAGGAGGAGCUGUUCCGAGCGAGCAUCCAGGAGCUCUUCCAGUCCAUCCGCUUCGUCCUGAGCCUGGACAGCCGCAGCUCUGAGAACCUGGUGUUCACACAGGCAGCAUUGUUGAACAGCUUUCCUGAUAUCUUUGAUGAGCUGCUGCAGAUGUUCACUGUUCAGGAAGUUGCCGAAUAUGUCAGGGGCACCCUAGGAAGUAUGCCCAGCACAGUGGACAUUGGCCAGUCCAUGGAUGUGGUCAAACUACAGUCGAUCGCUCGUACAGUCGAAAGCCGCCUCUUCUACUUUCCUGAGUCCCGUAGUAUAUUGCUGCCUGUAGUUUUGCAUCACAUCCAUCUGCAUCUGCGCCAGCAGAGGGAGCUACUCAUUUGUUCUGGGAUCCUGACUAGCAUCUUUUCCAUAAUCAAGACCAGCUCUAUGGAGUCAUCGGUUCAGGAGGAGGUGGAGAUGAUGGUGGAGAGCUUACUGGAUGUGCUCCUGCAGACUCUGCUGUCCAUCAUGAGUAAAUCUCAUUCUGUGGAAACAUCCAGAGGACAACGCUGUCCCCAGUGCACUGCUGAGAUAACAGGGGAGUAUGUUUCCUGUCUUCUUUCUCUGCUCCGACAGAUGACAGAGAUCCAUUUUCACCAUUUACUCAACGGCUUCCACAGCAAGGAGGAGCUCAAGGAGUUCCUCUUAAAAAUCUUCUGUGUGUUUCGCAAUCUGAUGAAACUGACCAUCUUUCCUCGAGACUGGAGCGUCAUGCGGCUUCUGACCAGCCACAUCAUUGUAGUGACAACACAGUUUCUAAGUCCGGCGCUGCACAAGAACUUCUCUGAGGCGGAUUUUGAUUUUAAGGUGUGGAACUCCUUUUUCAGCCUCACUGUCCUGUACAUCAACCAGCCCAGUCUCCAGCUGGAAGCACUGGGCCCUGCCAAGAGAAAGAAGGUCCUCGACAAGUAUGGUGAUAUGAGAGUAAUGAUGGCAUAUGAGCUCUUCAGCAUGUGGCAAAAAUUAGGUGAUAACAAGCCUCACUUCAUCCCUGGAAUGAUGGGUCCCUUCCUCGGUGUCACCCUGGUACCGCAGACCGAAGUUCGUAAUAUCAUGAUCCCAAUUUUUCAUGACAUGAUGGACUGGGAGCAGAGGAAAAAUGGCAACUUCAAACAGGUGGAGGCAGAGCUGAUGGAUAAACUGGACAGCAUGGUGUCAGACGGUAAAGGUGAUGACAACCACCGAGAGCUGUUCAGCCUGUUAACCCAACUGUUUGGUCCUUAUCCAAGCUUGCUAGAGAAGAUUGAGCAAGAGACCUGGAGAGAAACUGGAAUCUCAUUUGUCACAUCAGUCACCAGGCUUGUUGAGCGUCUGCUGGAUUACAGGGACUGUAUGAAAGGAGAUGAGAUGGAGAACAAGAAAAUAGGUGGUUCUGUCAACCUCAUGAACUUCUACAAGUCUGAGGUGAACAAGGAGGACAUGUACAUCCGUUACAUCCACAAACUGUGUGACCUGCAUCUUCAAGCAGAGGACUUUACGGAGGCAGCCUUCACCCUGCUGCUGUACUGGGAGCUGCUGCAGUGGGAGGACCGGCCCCUCAGGGAUUUCCUCCACUAUCCCUGUCAGAGUGAGUGGCAACGCAAGGAAAAUCUGAGCCGCAAAAUCCUCCAUUACUUCAACAAGGGCAAGUGCUGGGAGUAUGGGAUCUCUCUCUGCCGUGAGCUGGCUUUCCAGUAUGAGACUUUAUACGAUUAUCAGAGCCUCAGCUGGAUACGGAAAAUGGAGGCAGCAUACUAUGACAACAUCAUCGAGCAGCAGAGGAUCGAACCAGAAUUCUUUAGGAUGGGUUUCUAUGGCCGGAAGUUUCCUUUCUUCCUCAGGAACAAGGAGUUUGUCUGCCGUGGUUAUGACUAUGAACGGCUUGAAGACUUUCAGCAAAGAAUGCUGGGGGAGUUUCCACAAGCCAUUGCCAUGCAGCACACCAACCAGCCCGAUGACACCAUUCUGCAGAGCGACGCACAGUACUUGCAGAUCUACGCUGUGACUCCAGUGUCAGAUAUCUCUGAUGUGCCUCAGCUGGAGCGUGUGCCUGAGAGGAUCAAGAGUUUCUACCGCAUAAACAAUGUCAGCCGCUUCCACUAUGACAGGCCUUUCCACAAGGGGCCCAAGGACAGAGAGAAUGAGUUCAGGAGUCUGUGGAUUGAGAGGACAACCCUGAUCCUGGCUCGUCCUCUCCCAGGGAUCUCCCGCUGGGCAGAAGUGGAAAGGAGAGAAGUGGUGGAGGUGAGUCCUCUUGAGAAUGCCAUUUAUGUGGUGGAGAAUAAGACCCAGGAGCUGCGGACCUUGAUCAGCCAGUACCAACACAGACAGCAUCAUAGCAACAUCAACCCACUGAGCAUGUGCCUGAACGGUGUCAUAGAUGCUGCGGUGAAUGGAGGCAUCGCCAGAUACCAGGAGGCCUUCUUUGAUAAGGAAUACAUCAGCAGUCACCCGGAGGAUAUGGAGAGGAUCACACAUCUGAAGGAUCUCAUGCAGGAGCAGGUGCACAUUCUUGGAGUGGGGCUGGCUGUACACGAGAAGUUGGUGCAUCCAGAGAUGCGUCCUCUGCACAAAAAGCUUGUAGAUCAGUUCCACAUGAUGAGGACGGGUUUACACCACGGUGUGCCCGGUGUGGACCGGUUUGGCCCAGCAGGCUGCACAGGGGUCAACUCCCCCAGGGGCAUUCUGUCCUCCCACAACCACAUGAGCCCUGAGAGUGUGCGCCUCAUGCACAGACACAGCCCUCUGAACCUACAAGGUUCCAUCCGUCACUCAUCCUCCUCCCUGUCCUCUCACACUUCGAGCGAGGCAGGAAACCUUGUCAUAAUGACUGAUGGUUUGAUGGGGGAGCACCCUGAAGAGGCAAUGCACAUGCAGCCGAGCCCUUCCUCCUCCAGCCUGAGUUCAAUCCGCUCCAACUCCUCCCAGAUUAUUAACUCUGCUCCAUCAAGUGCCAGAGGCUCUCCUUCUUUGCCCGAUAAGGCCAAACACAACCGAGAAGUAAUGAUGCUUCUGCCGUCUCAUCGUGAGCGGGUCAACAACUCUAUGUACUACAGCAUGGCAGAGAAUGGACAGAACAACCACAUGCAGCGUGCCUUACUUCAGCAAGUCAGCCCCUGUAAGCCUUGUGUUGAACAGCACAUGAAUCUUCCAGAGAAAGUCUUUCCCAACGCUCCCAGCAGCUGGAGUCUGGAUGGGGAAAACAGGGAACAGGUGUCCUACAUACCAGCUUCCACUGGUGGUGUAAUCAUGCCCCCUGUCCCACCCAGGUCCUUCCCACCAGGACAUUUCAUGAUGCAUUGUGAUGCAUUUCAUCAUCAAAACAGUGACCCCCCUCCUGCACUGCCCGUUCGAUCACUCCGAAAGUCUCCUCUCCACCCAAUCCCUGGCUCUCCCACCAGUCCUCAGUCAGCUUUGGGAGGCAGUAACUCCACUCUGUCAGGCAGCGCCAGCAGCGGGGUUUCCUCCCUUAGUGAGAGUAACUUUGGAGGUCAGUAUCCAGAUCCCGGCCCCAUUAGGAGCGACGCCCUGGAGCCUCUUCCCAGCCACCUGUGGUCGCCCCCGGAGGAGUACCUGCCCUCUCCCUACCUCCACAUCCACUACGGUGUACCAGAAAUUGACUCCAUGGACCCAGUCCGGCCUUUUCACUACCGCAGCCCUGCUUCACACCCACAUAGUCACCCUCAUCCUCACACUCAUGCUCACCCUGGCCUGGACAACCACUCUCACGGGCAGGCUCCUCACCACCAUGCUCCCACUCACGGCCCUCAUCACAUCCCUUACCGCAGGCCUCAGCCUCCAUCUGUACCCUCCAAGCCGUAUUUGAGAGAGGGUUGCAUUCCCGAGGAGGAGCUGACUCCUCAGCCCAUCCCGCUGCCUCGCAGGAUCUUCCACUCCCCACAUGGCCACAGAGAAGACCAGGGGAAACACCCCUGGGAGCAGUGCAUCAGCGAGGAGCAUGAGGAGACUCAGUGAUGUCGGAGGCUCCUUCUAAAUUUCAGUUAGAGCUACACCGUCUCCUUCCCUUCAUUUGCACUGAGUUAAGGGAGCAUGAGCAGAAAAAGUCUGAUGUGAAGCAGCUGGCGAUGUGUCUUAAAGUCAGUGCACAUGAAGGAAGGAAUGGAAGGAGCAAACCUCCAUGAAGCUGCAGUUUGAGGCACAACUGCCGUUACUCCCUCACGUGGCCUCUUAGGUACGAUCAAAAGGAAAAAGAAUAUCUGUUGAACAAUGAGACGGAUUCAUUUUGUUCAAAAACUGAUAUUGAUUGUACACAACUGUACAAUUCGUCUGUGAGCAUGUUUUUCCAUUUGAGAAUAAUACGACAAGAGUUUUGUGAAGCAUCACAAACAUGAUCCCAGGUGCAGUACUCAGAACUCCCUUAGUUUUACUCUUCAUGUCAUUUUCACAGCAAAAUAACUGUAAAAGGUUAUCUAUUGACAGUGAGGUGACUUCUUUGCUUUACACGCUACACAUAUAUGAGUAAUUAUUUUGAUAAAUUUGCUACAUUGUAGUGUUUUCAAAGGGUUAUGCCUAACAAGUUUUUCAGACACGCUGUUAAGUGCUCCUUAAUGGUGAAUCAUAUCACAGGGCGCACUGUAAAAUGUGUUGCUGCCGGGCUGGCGUACAUGGCAGGUCUCGAAACUUGCAGCUCUCCACGUGGACCGGCGUCUCAAAGGACACGAACAGUCACUGAAGAUUUACCAUCCAUACCGUCCGUAUGGAAACCUAGAUGAAUGUAUUCAGAUGAGAUCUACAUGUACUGCACAAGCUGCAAUCCCGGUUUCUGUUUAAGUGCUUUAAGUUCAGUCUCUGUUCAAAAAGCUAUUUCUUUGUCUCUUUAUGUGUGGCAAUGAUGUCAUGAGAGGAACGAGAACGUGUGGCAGACUGGGGAGGAACUGAGGACGUGACUGACAAAUCCCACACCUGUCAGCUUUCAUGUUCAUGGUGAAUGAAUAACAAGGACUCCGCUUCACACCUCGAGUCACUGCUGGACACUCAGAACCAACACCACUCCCUCAGCUUCUGUUUUCCUGCUCCGUCGGAUCAUGUCAAGCAGUUGUGGCUAAACCUGGACAGCUAGGCUGCGUCUGGCGGCUCCGUUGCAGAGCCCACACAGACGGCGUUGGAAUCGCCUACCUGCCUUAAGUGCACUCAAAAUGCAGUUUGACCUCUCACCCGGACCGUGUGAAGCUCAUUUCCUGGCAGCCAUUUCCACCCAACCCUCUAUACGAUCUCCGAACAGGGAAUAAGGACAUUUACCUAGCGAUGUUUUACUAUGGUUUCAUCCUGCUUUGGUUUCAGAUUGUUGAUUGUUUUGUAUCGCUAAUGUUUCUUAUUUUAUCUUAUCGUAUGCAGCUCUUUUCCGAUCACCUGUUGAAAACUGAUGAUGUGUUUCGUGAGAAAGCUGAAGGCUGGACCGACAGAGAGGUUUCCUUUUUUUCUUUCUUUGUGGAGCAGGAAAAACAGCGCUGUUUAUUGUCCUGUCGUUGGUUGGAAGGAUUUAGCUAAUAUUUUAAUAAUUAAUUGUUUCCCUGGCUGUUUUUUGCAGGUGGAUGCUUUGUGUUCCUGUACAUCAAGUUGUCAGCUGACUAGACAAGAUCUAUUUUUGUAUGUAAGAUCAUCAGUUGUGAAAGUGUAUUACCAGAAACAGACAAAAGGUAUGGCAUAGGUUGCUGUACUUUGUAUGGAGUUGAGGCGGCUAAAUACACACAAUUUGUGAGUAUCUUUUGAGAGCUUGAUGGCAUUUGAGGACGACUGGUGACCGAAGUGAUGCUCAAAAUAUGGAUACAGUAGAAUUUUUCAUUGUAAAUUCUGUUAUUGUACAUACAGCAGUAUUGUGAAAUAUUUUUGAGAAUUAUUGCAGAUGCCCUUAAAAGGUUUAUUGUUGUUUUGUGUAUAUACAUGUACUCCAGAGAUUAAUGUAAUAGAUAAAUAUCUAUAAUCGGUGUUUGGAAAAAGGACAAAUCCAUUAGACUGUGGCUGUCUCCACCAUUCUUCUCAUAUAAAUACUUUAUACACUUUUCAAUGUGCUUUCCUGUACAUAUGGUGUUAGCAUGAUAAAAAGUGUUUGGUUGUAAAAGUGGUUUUCCUACUCCCAUA